AUGCCGACAACACGUGUGUUUGCUGAAAGACGCUGCCAGCAAGAUCUAGGAGAAAUAAGGCAUAAUAAUGAAAAUUCAUCGAUUAUAUUUGUUGAACCAAUCGGUGAUGAUUACUUACAUCUAGAGGCAGCUAUCACGGGACCUAUUUCAACACCAUAUGAAAAUGAAAUCUUUUGUAUUAAUAUAAAAUUAAGCGAAGAAUAUCCGUUUUCCCCACCACAAUCGAUCAUAUUUAAACAUGAUGUAGUGCAUCCAAAUAUAAAUGAAAUCAAUGAAUUUAUGUCAGAAUUAUUAACACUAGAAUUUUGGUUACCAACUAUGGGCAUCAGAAAUAUUUUAGAACAUGUAUGGACUCGUUUGGCAAUAUUUGAUAUUGGCAGCUGA